UCAAUAUCAAAUAAUCAAUUACCAACAUAUACAAGUCGAACAGUUCAACAAGCAAUAAAAAGUUUAUGUGGUGCACAAUAUACAGAAUUAUUUUAUAUAUUUAAUAAUGGUACAUUAACACAAUUUGAUGAAUUUGUUAAUCAUCAUCGAGAACAAUAUGCACGUGAUAGAAAUUUAGGUUUAAUAAAACAAACACGAAAUGCAUUUAUAUGUAAUAGUAUACAACAAUUAACAAAAACAUUUUUAACUGUCUCAUUAAAAGAUCUUGCUAAUCGUGUACAAUUUCAAUCAACAAAUGAAGCUGAAAAAUAUUUAAUUGAUAUGAUUGAAAAUGGACAAAUAUUUGCAUCAAUUAAUAAAAAAGAUGGUAUGGUUAUAUUUCAUGGUUCACCAGAAAAAUUUGAUGCUAAUAAUAUGUUAUCAAAAUUACAAGAUGAAACAGAAAAACGUAUGUUAGCUGAAAAACAAUUAAGAGAAUUAGAACGACAAAUAUCAUUAAGUAAAACAUAUAUUCAACGUACACAACAAUCAAGUCCUUAUCAUGAUCGUCCCAAAGUACUUAGUUAA